UGAUUAACACGUUGGGACCCGCUGCAAGGAGAACCAGGGAUUGGAAUGAUACUUCUGAAGAGAAUUGCCACCAUCAUCAGCAUCUCAAAUGAAACAGAUGGGACACAGGGUAACUGUGGCAUCGAUUUAUGCAUUUGAUUAAAUGAUCACAUUUUUGCCGAUCAUGCCAACUAUGCUGUGAAAUGGUUACUGUGUGCCAGGAUCCUUUUCGAUUGGGGAAAUGUAUAGCCUGACUGAUAUCCGAAAUAGAUUAUUAUAGCAGUUAUGCUAUUGACAAUAUUCAACAAAGUGGAUAAAAAUUACCACACGAUUUGGAGCUGCUGAUGCUGCCUUUUGCAUCAGUUCGAUGUUGCAUGAGUUUGGGCACUGUGCCAGAUAGGGGAAAUACACUGGAUGUGUGCAUUAGAAGACUAUGGUGUUUUAGCGCGUGUUGAAUUCUGUUAGCAUAUACAUUUAUGGGAAUAUGAGAAAACAUGUCUGAAGCUCAUCUACAGUGUGGUUGUUGCGAAGCACUCCAGGGCUCAAGCUGGGCUCGACACUGAUAGACUAACCUACGUUUGUAGCUGAAGAGGAGACAAGCAAGCUGAUUAAUGCUUUACCACCCUGCCUAUCAAUCAAGCUGUAUCAAAAACAUAUAGCAAGCGUCUUCCUCGCCACCACGAUCUUUCCGGAUGUCUCUGCAAGACUAGGCAAGUCAGUCAAGUGAGGAAUCUGUUGCGCUCGCCGUCCGUGGAGAGCGCGGUUCGAGAGGUAGCCUACCCGAGCCCGUGGAGCUGCGCCCCUUGAUCAGCCUACGAGGACGACACUAUGUACCAGCUCCCCGCUGAUGAUGAUGGGAGGAAUCAAUGUUCACACUAGAAACCUCUUGAGACUAAGCGAACUCUGAGGAGCUCUGCCUGGACUGCAACAGGACCAGACAGGAGAGAAGAGACUGAGACAGACCAGACGCUGACUGCAUGCGCCAGGUUGGGCCUGGGUUCUUGCCUGCUCCUGUGGCUCUGGACAGAUAAGACAAACCUUCCCUGUUUGGGCAUUUGUCUGGACAGGUACAUCUUAGCUCUAUCCCAUCUACACUCUACCAAAGCAACUUUAAGUUGUAGCAUCAAUUUAGCAGACAUUAGUAUUUUGGGGUCUGACCCUAAGCCGCAUCCCAAAGAGCCUCUCCAGGGGCCAGUUUUGUUUACCAGACUAGGCAGUGGUCACCAUGCAGGUCUCUUUUGCCUGCACGGAGCACAAUCUGAAGAGCCGCAGUGAGGACCGGCUUUGUGGUCUUCGCACUGCGCCCCCCCCUGGGGGAAGCAGUGGGGGAGGUGGUGGAGGGAGCAGCCAAGGGGGUAAUGGCAACUACAACACCCAGGGCUCAGCCAAGUCCAGGGAGCAGUCAGGGUCCCGCCCGGUCCCCCAGGGCCAUGCCCACAUGAAGGAGGCAAUAGGGCGCCACAGCAGUAUGAAAUACAGGAACCUGGGGAAGUCUGGUCUGCGUGUGUCCUGCUUAGGGCUGGGCACCUGGGUGACAUUUGGAUCACAGAUAUCUGACGAGAUGGCUGAGAACUUGAUGACCAUUGCCUAUGAGGCCGGGGUGAACCUCUUUGACACAGCAGAGGUGUAUGCCUCCGGCAGGGCUGAAAUCACCCUAGGGAACAUCGUCAAGAAGAAAAGAUGGAGGCGUUCUAGUUAUGUUGUGACAACCAAGAUCUAUUGGGGAGGGCAGGCAGAGACAGAAAGGGGACUCUCCAGAAAGCACAUCAUUGAAGGUUUGAGAGGAUCCCUGUCCAGACUCCAGUUAGAUUAUGUGGACAUUGUCUUUGCCAACCGGAAUGAUGUCAACAGCCCUAUGGAAGAGAUUGUCCGGGCCAUGACCUUUGUAAUAAAUCAGGGCAUGGCAAUGUACUGGGGCACCUCUCGCUGGAGUGCCAUGGAGAUCAUGGAGGCGUACUCAGUGGCGCGUCAGUUCAACCUGAUCCCACCUGUAUGUGAGCAGGCUGAGUAUCACUACUUCCAGAGGGACAAGGUGGAGGUGCAGCUCCCUGAACUCUACCACAAGAUUGGUCAGUCAUCCACACUCACACAGCCCAGCGAACAGCACCGGAUGUCCUCUCAACAGGAUCUCUCUCUCUCCCUCUCUUGUCUAGGUGUAGGGGCAAUGACCUGGUCCCCCCUUGCAUGUGGACUGAUCACAGGGAAGUACAGUGAGGGUGUACCUGACAUCUCCAGGGCUAAUAUGAAAGGUUACCAGUGGCUGAAGGAGCGUGUCAACAGUGAGGAGGGACGCAACCAGCUGGCCAAGAUUAAAGAGCUCCACCUAAUGGCCGACAGACUGGGCUGCACCGCCGCACAGCUAGCCAUCGCCUGGUGUCUGCGCAGUGAGGGAGUGAGCUCAGUGCUGAUGGGUGUCUCCAACACUGACCAGCUGGUGGAAAACCUGGGUGCCCUUAGGCUUAUUUCACAGAUGACUCCUCAGACCGUGGCUGAGAUUGACUCACUUUUGGGAAACAAGCCCCACUCUAAGAAAGAGUCGCGAGCAUGAAGAGGAAACGAUGGAGCCAAAGACAAUCAGAGAAAGAUGAAGAACAGCCGAGGAACAUCGCUCUUUCACCAUCCAGUAUAAUCAAAAACGUGCAUGUCCUCAGUAACAUUUUGCUUCAAGAAUUUGCGCAUAUCCAUUUUGCGCAUUGCAUUGUACCACGUAUGAAAAAAGGAAAUAUUUGAACGUGCAAAAACAAAGAUUAUAAACUGGGUGGUUUGAACCCUGAAUGCGGAUUGUCUGAAAGCCGUGGUAUAUCAGACCGUAUACAUCAGGUAUGACAAAACGUUUAUUUUUACUGCUCUAAUUAUGUUGGUUACCAGUUUAUAAUAGCAGUAAGGCACCUCGGGGGUUUGGGGUAUAUGGCAAAUACACCACGGCUAAGAGCUGUGUCCAGGCAAUCCGUGUUGCGUUGUGCAUAAGAACAGCCCAUAGCAAUGGUAUAUUGGCCAUAUACCACACCCCCUCUGUGCCUUAUUGCUUAAUUAGAUCAUAUAUAUUACAGAUCCCUCACUGACUGAUCAUGUCCACAAACAGAGGGUGAGGCCAAAGCAUGGAGCAUUAGGUUUCUGUCUUCCAGAGAGACCAAUGAGGGCAAAGUUGGAGAUGGAGAGAGAUGGUGGUUGAAUGAAGGAGGUGUUGCACUCUACUUUAUCAAACAUGAUGGUGUUAUCAAUGAAAGGAGAACUCUUUGAUGCCACGAAGCAACAUGAGGCUCAGCUCUCUCACUGAAUGUGUGACCAGCUCUACCAUAGGACACUCUUUCUCUGCAGCUGCCUCUGAGUCCGCAGAAUGCCUAGUACCCAGCAGAAAGCCAAAGGUUAGCAUCACCUCGUCAUCUCCGUAUGUGACUGGCCUGUCACUCUAUGUCCUUUAACAGCAGUUUCUUCCUUUUUAUCUUCUCUGUGUGUAAACUGUGCACAUGUCCCUUUAAGAGAGACCAGCCCAAGCAGGGUGUAAAUGUGGCAUGGCUUUAGUUAUUUGGGCAGAUUUGCAGUGCCCCUGUAAGCAGUCUUUUUGCACUAGCAGGUGGGAUGGGCUGAUCCAGGCUCUGCACUGGCAGGCACAUCGUGGAGCUACGCUUUAUUCACUGUUUGCAGCCCGCUGACAUGGUCUGUGUCCAUGUGAUGUGUAUUGUCCUCCAAAUCAAACCAUUUCUGCGUCAAUGACAAUUAAAACCAAGGCUUUCCCUG